AUGAGCGAUGACGACGAGGGAUUCCUGGACUUUAGUGUUGCCACACCCUUUGAGAGACUGGUGGCCAAGCUGACGACCAGCAUCCAGGCCCUGCUCCUCAAAGGCAAGGGCAUGGGAGGAGCACCCUACCUCGUGAUCGACCAUGCCCUCCCCUUCCGGAGGGACAACUACAUUCUGAGCCUGAUACGGGGCGACCCUGCCUCAGCCCCUCUCCAGGACCGCGCCAGCAAGCUCCAGGACUGGUUCCAGGUGGACUCCCACCUGACCCUGGUGCCCGACAGCCACUCCGGGCGCAUCCUGGACCAAGAGGAGGCCAGCACGCUGCUGAGCGCGGGAGCCAUCGCGGGGUCGAACGCCGCCUGCCCCCUGCCCCUCUUCGUCCCCGUGCAGGACGCGCUGCGGGACGGGGCGCUGGGCGUUGACCCCGGUGGCGCCGCCCACUACGAGUCCGACUCGCUGCACACCUCUGCCCUGCCCUCCGCCUUGUUUUACCCUGGCGAGCAGCUGCGCCUGUUUGCGGCGCGCCUGGACGCACGUGACGCCCCCGCCGCGCAGUCCUGCCGCGACGCCGCGGAAGCGGGGCGGGACGACGAAGACGGUGACGGCGACGGCGUCGGCGCCCCCCAUGGCUGCGACCUGUUGCCGCGCGUCUCGCUCCAGGCACGGGCCAGCUUCCCGCUGGCUUCCCCGCCGUCCCACGACCCCGCCCCGGCCGCCGGGCCCCAGCUGGGCGCCGUGCUGGCGGCCUUCUUCCGCCCGCCCCGCCUGCCGGUGCGCCUGGACCUGGACCUGGUCUGGCGCUACGCCGACGCCGGCCGCGCCGUGGCGGCGGCCACGGGCAGGUUCGAUCCGGCCUCGACCGCGGAGUGGCACCUGGCGGCCCUGGACCCGGGCACGGAGCGCGACGACGGGCACAGGGGUUUCGUGCUGCAGGCCGUGGACCGGCGGCGGCGCUACCUUCGCCUGGCCGGCGUGGGCGCCGAGGCCAGCGGGAUGCACGAUGCCAGCCCAAGGUCGAGUGCCGGCUCCGAGGGCACGCCCCUGUUCUCCCUGGCGGCGCUGCACCUGCGCGGCGCGCGCCGCGUCGCCACGGCCUGGAACGCGCUGCUGCGCACGCUGCGUUUCGACGUGGCGAGGCUGCGCGACGCGGAGGACGGCCCCGCGUGCCUGGCCAGGCGCGCCUCGGACGGCUCGGAGACCUCGGCCUCCUCCCUCUUCCUGUCUGCCGGGGAGGAGGGCGUCGCGGAUGGCGAUUCGGGCGUGGUGGGCCUGCUGGACGCUGGCAUGGCGGGCACGGAGGUGGCGGGAGGCGGCGGGGCGAGCGGUGGGGAUGAGGGGGCCGGCUCCCUUGAUCGCGGCUCGGAGGACGAUGGUCUCGAGGAUGGCAGCCCAGCGAAGAGCGGGUCGGCGAAGCGCGACGAUGCUCCUGUCUUGCAGACACGAGCGCAUGGCUCGGGUUCCGCCGCCGGCCGGGCCCUCGAGCGUCCCGGCAGUGAUGAGGCGAGCCAUACCCUCGCUGCCGUGCCUCGGGGCGUGGCUUCCAUUCUCCCCGGCGCGUACCUGCUGCACCACCCAGACGUCCCACUGGCCGUGCCCGAGACCCAGGCGGCGCCGCCCUGCACCGAGGAGGCGCUGCUCGGAGCGGGUCCCAGCAGCGGCCAAGGAGAGGAUGGCGGGGGAGUGCGCGCCUCGCACGCCGCGCUCCUGGCGUCGGACAUGGCGGCCUUCAAGGCCGCCAACCCGGCGGGCGCCUGCCUGGCCGACUUUCGCGCUCUGCACGCGCUGGAGACGGUCCUGCCCGAGCACUUCUGGCGCGCGCUGCUGGCGGUGGCGCGCAGCACCGCGCUGGCGGUGCUGCAAGCCAGUGAAGUCGCCGGCAUGGCGCCCGUGGCCGGGCAGCUGGAGAGGCUGCGCCGCCAAAUGGAGGCCGCCGACCCCGACGACUUCCCCGCCGAGGACUUCCGGCGCGUGGAGACGCUCAUCGCCACGGCCUCCUCCAUGCUGUGCACGCUGGGCUCCCUGCCCCAGGGCCUGGGCGCCGAAGCCGGCCCCGCCGGCCGGCGCGGCGCGGGCCGUGUCGCCUGGGACCUGACCGCCCGGGCGCUGGAGCGCGCGCUGGGCGACGGGGCUGGGCGCGCAUCCGACCCCGGCGCCGCCCGCCACGCUGCGGCGGCGCCGGUGCAGCCCGGGGAGCGGGAGUUCCUGGCCGCGUGCAUGAGCGGCGGCGCGGCCGACGACGCGGCCGCCUGGCCGUCGGCCCACCGCACCGAGUGGCUGCUGUGCAUAGGGGGUGGGGGCGGCGCGCAGCACCGCCUGCACGUGGAAAGCCUGGCGGCGGAGCUGCGGGUGUCCUCCGUCCUGCUGGCCAGGGGGUCCAGGCGGGGCUCAGAGCAGCAGCGCGGUGUGGAGCACUGA